CCUCGACGAAGAUCGCUGCUCGUCGAUUCUUGAUUUGCGUGUAGUGUACGAAUUGGCAAUUACGUGCUUCAUAAAUGCUGAUGAAAUGCAUAUUGUGCUGCAUCGCGACAGGAGGCUACGCUGACAGCGACUACAGCGACAAGUACUUACUAGCUUACUAGAAAACAACUUCAGGAUAUAUAUUCUUGAAAAGGACCGGCAGAUAAAAUGAAGCAGCUACCUCCGGAAGAGGUAGAGUCCCUCGAAGAGGAGAUUUUACUUUGCGACAAGGCGAUAGAAAAGGCCCAGGAGAGGAAAGAUCUGCAGAAACUGCUGGAGUUCAACGAGAAGUCACUCUUCUUGAGGAAAAAAAUCUUCGCGCCCAACUCACCGGAGGUCCACGAUGCAAUCUGCUCGCUGGUGGAGGCAUGCAACUACGUGGCAACCGCAAUGUUGCAAUUGAACAACACACAGGUACUUACUUAAAAGGUUGUCUUGCUGAAGAUAAUAAAUCCGCAUGUUGCGCACCGUAUCCGCAUUUGCUAUAGUUUUUCUCAUGGUGAUGCAGGAGAGGCCGCUAUGCGCUGCAUCGAAAAAAUGUCAAAAUUUGCCAAAACCACGAUACUUGCAAACACAGGUUGUCUUCGACCUACUAAAGCGCGCGCUGGAUGUAAAUCAUUUGAGCAACAUCCAGAAGGCGAUCACUUUUAACAACCUCGCUUGCUACUACCGCCGAGUUGGGAAGCUUAGAAUAGCACUCACCUAUCUGGAGAAAGCGUAUUGAUAAUUCCACUUAAACUUGAUUUCGUGCUGUUGCUGUAUGAUGCAAAUGCAUGAAGUUCCACUUCCACAACAAGCACAUAACACAACUUUAAAUUGUCAUUUCCGCGUUGGUUUAAAACGAUACAGUAAGUUUGCUAUCGUCAUCACCCAUUACAGGUACCAGCUCGAGAGCAGUUUUCCGAAUGCAGACGUGUCACAAACGCACUUAAACCUGUGCGCGACCUUGAGCCAGCUCGGUCGACACGAACAGGCGCUGCACCACGCCCAGACGGCGGUCAUAAAGGUAAUGGCGAACGUAUAAAGUUGAUUCAUUUUCAUCUACAUCUAACCAUGAGCAUGAUCUUGCUAAGUAUGGGUAGCUGCAAUGCAUCAUAGGGAACUCUCACAACUCUCUCCAUUUUACCGCGACGCGCUUUGAUAAACCAUGAAAUAUCAGUAUGCAGCAACAGGGAAGUAGCACAUUUUUUCAAUGCGAUACAUGUGCAGGUUUACCAGUUCCUUUGCCCGCUAUUGGUCCAGCAGGAGCCCAAAGAGGAGCCGAGCACCGCCGUAAGGGAGAGGGUGUCCGUGCUCUGUAUUGCGUACUUCAACAAGGGAGUCGAGCACGAACACCUCAAGGUGCUUCCGGAGGCAAUAGCAUCGUAUUUUUUACGGAUUAUUUGAUUACUUAAAAAUUUUUUGCUGUCAUCAUGUUGCUUGAUCAUCCUGUGGUGCAUAUCCAUAAGCGCGGAUCGAUUUCGACGAAACAAACUGCAAGGUACACUGAGGGCGCGAAGUGGGCAAGAACGUAUUUAGGAGACGGCCACCAGAUAACGAAGAUACUGGACCAUAGCUUAGCCGCGCUCCAGCAAGGCGGCACUGCAGGGCGGUUUUUUGCCAAUAGAACGGGAGAGGUAGAAGUAGUACAAUGUUCUAUCGUCCACAGUUGGCUUUAUUUGCGUUGAUGUUGAACGACAUUUCAUGUCUUUGUUUGGCAAGGUUGCGGCCUCUUUGAGCACACAUGAAAUGAGCGAAGGAAUUUUUUGAUCAACAUCGAAACAACUACAGCCCCUUGACCCCGGUCUGGAGCAACUGAUGACGCCAAGAGAACACAAACCGAGGAAGAGCAAGGAGCCGGCCUGCAUUACAAGUCACAAACAGGUGUAUGAUGAACAGCAGCGGACAAAACGACUUUUGCAGAAGGAGCAGGAGGAAUUGCAGAAGCAGCAGGAAGAAGAGCUUUAUGAGGGCGAUGAGUUUGAGGAAGCGUCGCCGUGAUCUUUCAUAUCCAGAUCACAACUGCUGUCUGGUGUGAUAUUCUUUCUUGUUUCUGUACCUAGUGGUGCUUUCCUGGUUCUGUUUCUAAACGAGCUGCGCGCUUGGUGUUACCUUUACCUUACCAAUCUAAUCGAGCCAAAAAAUCUUACUUUAAAGUACAAGCGGCCAGAGACAAUCAGUUGAGUUUUUUUGGCUGAUUCGUACUGCUGCCUGGCGAGAAGAAUGAAAUACUUGUACGUUUCUGAUGUUUCUGAGUUUUGCGUUCGUUGAGGCAACGCGAAAUGACGUGUACGAAUUCCCCAAUGAACUUGUAAAAUGCUUCUCCUUAUUUCUGCGCGCCUUUUCCGCUGUGGCGAGUUUGAACGCAAGACAAUUGAAGAAUUCUGAACCCGGAGUUGCUUCGACAUUACGUGCGUCCAU